AUGCCUUCUACAGUUGCUAUCUCUCCGUCAGAUAGUGAAGGGGAUGGGCGUUGGAUGAGUCAACAUACAAGGUUUGUUUGCCAGGCCCGAAAGAAAGAACCAGAUGUUGUAUUACUUGGUGACUCCAUAUUCGUUUACAUGCAGUUUACACAGACGUACAAAAAACACAUAGAGCCCUUACACUGUGUAAACUUUAGUAUUGCUAAUGAUCAGACACAAAAUGUGUUGUGGAGAAUCGAAAAUGGAGAACUGGACGGUUUUUCGCCUAAGGUGGUCGUAAUCAUGAUUGGUAGUCACAACGUUGCUGAUUCGGAAGAAGAGGUUGUCAAAGGGAUCCUCACCGUUGUUGAAAAGACAAAAUCUAAGCAACCUCGCGCAUCCUUAAUAGUUAUGGGUCUUUUACCGUGUGGUAGAACUCCAAACAAAAGACGCACGAAGCAUGAACAGAUUAAUAAACUCCUUACUGAAGCUUUCACCUGUCGACCUGAUGUCACAUACUUGAAUCCUGACUGGGAUAAUUUUAUCCAACAAGAUGGAACUAUUUCACAUCGUGAUAUGUUCGACUAUAUGCAUCCUACCGAAAAUGGUUAUGAAAAACUCUGCGAUCCUUUACUAGAAGAACUGCAAAAUUCUCUGCACACAUUCUUAAAAACCAACGCACCCAAUAGUUUUGUUGAAGAUUCAUGAUUUCCAG